UUCCCCACUCCUCCAGACAGGAGACAUCAGGGCAGGACCUGAACCCAUCUCAGCAUCCUCUCUCCAGCCACCAAGGAGCCCCCAGACGCUGCCCUCCUGGUUUCUGGCCUCUAUUCUGUCCCUCAUCCAUGUCUCUAAGAAUCCAACCCCCAGCCCUCAGAAUGUUCCUCCUGCUGACAGCACUUCAGAUCUUGGCUGUAGCCAUGGCACAGAACCAAGGGGACAAGAUAAUUGGUGGCUCCAGAUGCAUCCAGAACUCCCAACCAUGGCAGGCAGCCCUACUGGCAGGUCCCCACCGUAGUUUUCUCUGUGGAGGGUCCCUGCUGUCUGACGAAUGGGUCAUCACUGCUGCUCACUGUGCCCAUCCGAACCUUCGAGUUGCCCUGGGAAAGCACAACCUGAGGAUUUGGGAGGUAACACAGCAGGUGCUGCGUGUGGUCCGCCAGGUGCCACACCCCCAGUACAACCCCUGGACCAUCGAAAACGACCUGAUGCUGCUGCAGCUGGAGCAGCCCGCUCGGCUGCGGAGGGCAGUGAGGCCCAUCGCCGUGGCCAGCUCCUGUGCCAGCGCAGGGACUUCCUGCCUUGUGUCGGGCUGGGGCACAAUAUCCAGUCCCAACGCCAGGUUCCCCAAGUUUCUGCAAUGCGUGAACAUCAACAUCUCCUCGGAUCAGGAUUGUCAGUGGGCCUAUCCUGGAGCCAUCACCGCUGGCAUGAUCUGUGCAGGGGUCCCCCAAGGUGGGAAGAACUCUUGUCAGGGUGACUCCGGGGGACCCCUGGUGUGCAGAGGAGAGCUCCAGGGCCUCGUGUCCUGGGGGAUGGAGAACUGUGCCCAGCCUGGUUACCCCAGCGUCUAUACCAACCUGUGCAAGUACCAAACCUGGAUCCAGGAGACCAUACAGAGCAGAUCUUAGCUGGUGUUACAGAAUAUCACCUGCCCACAUGCUCCCCAAGACCCUGCUCUUCUUUCCCAGAGCAGUUCCUUCAGGGGUUCUCUCUGCACCCCACCACAUCCCCGUCAUUAUUCAAGGUGCCCCUGAGACACACAGAGCAGGAGUGUGAAGGCAAAGGCGCUGCACUGGCACCAUAUUCCAAAGAAGACAAUUUUCAAAACUCUUAGUGUCUGUAAAAACCAGGGAAAUACUACUAAUAAAACUUUAACAAUCCUAAA